AUGUCUUACGGUGACGAUUACAACAACAACGACCGAGGCUACGGCGGCGGACGAGGCUUCGGCGGAGGCCGAGGUGGCCGAGGUGGUUCCCGAGGCGGUCGAGGCGGCUUCGGUGGCGAUCGAGGUUUCGGAGGUGACCGAGGCGGCUACGGCGGCGGAGGCUACCAGGACAACGACUUUGGCAACCUGCCCAAGCAGGACUGGGACCUUGAGAAGCUCCCUCAGUUUGAGAAGAACUUCUACAAGGAGGACCCUGCUGUCACUGAGCGAACCGACGAGGAGGUCACUGCCUUCCGAAAGGAGAACCAGAUGACCCUGCACGGAGACGGUAUCCCUAAGCCCGUGACCAACUUUGACGAGGCUGGUUUCCCCCCUUACGUCCUCAAGGAGGUCAAGCAGCAGGGUUUCGAGAAGCCCACUGCCAUUCAGUGCCAGGGAUGGCCCAUGGCCCUGACCGGACGAGAUGUCAUUGGUAUCGCUUCCACCGGUUCCGGUAAGACUCUGUCUUACUGCCUGCCCGCCAUUGUCCACAUCAACGCCCAGCCCAUGCUGUCCCACGGUGACGGACCCAUCGUCCUGGUCCUCGCCCCCACCCGAGAGCUGGCUGUUCAGAUUCAGCAGGAGUGCUCCAAGUUCGGCAAGUCUUCCAAGAUUCGAAACACCUGUGUCUACGGAGGUGUUCCCCGAGGCCAGCAGAUUCGAGACCUUGCCCGAGGUGUGGAGAUUGUCAUUGCCACUCCCGGCCGACUUCUCGAUAUGCUCGAGUCCGGAAAGACUAACCUUCGACGAGUGACCUACCUGGUUCUCGAUGAGGCCGACCGAAUGCUCGAUAUGGGUUUCGAGCCUCAAAUUCGAAAGAUUGUCGACCAGAUUCGACCCGACCGACAGACCCUCAUGUGGUCUGCUACCUGGCCCAAGGAGGUCCAGCGACUGGCCCACGACUACCUCAAGGACCAGAUUCAGGUCAACAUUGGUUCUCUGGAGUUGUCUGCCUCUCACAACAUCACCCAGGUUGUGGAGGUCUGCACCGAGUACGAGAAGCGAGACCGACUUGUCAAGCACCUCGAGACCGUCAUGGAGAACAAGGAGUCCAAGUGUCUGAUUUUCACCGGCACCAAGCGUGUCGCUGACGACAUUACCAAGUUCCUGCGACAGGACGGCUGGCCUGCUCUCGCCAUUCACGGUGACAAGCAGCAGCAGGAGCGAGACUGGGUUCUCAACGAGUUCCGACAGGGCAAGAGCCCCAUCAUGGUUGCCACCGACGUGGCUUCCCGUGGUAUUGAUGUCAAGGGUAUCAACUUCGUUAUCAACUACGACUACCCCUCCAACUCCGAGGACUAUGUCCACCGAAUCGGUCGAACUGGUCGAGCCGGCACCAAGGGUACCGCUUACACCUACUUCACCGAGGACAACCGAAAGCAGGCCCGAGACCUUCUCGUCAUCCUGCGAGAGGCCAAGCAGCAUAUCGACCCCAAGCUGGAGGAGAUGGGCGGUGGCCGAGGUGGCCGAGGAGGCUGGGGAGGCCGAGGCGGUCGAGGCGGCCGUGGCGGCCGUGGUGGUUACCGACGAGGUGGCUACGGCGGCGGUGGCUAUGGUGGAGGACGAGGUUCCGACAUCACCGGCUCCAACUCCGCUCCUCUUUCCAACUCCCGAUGGUAG